AUGGGCUCCGCGCGCCGGCUCGCGCUGGGCGGCCUCCUCGUCCUGCUGGCCGGGGCCGGGCUGCUGCGCGGCCGGCUGGUGGGCCCGCAGGAAGCCGGCUUCGGCGCGUGUGACAAGUUCUUCUACGCCGGGAGCCCCCCGGCGGGGCUGGCCGCCGAGCCGCACGUGAAGAUCUGUCAGCGCUGGGCGGGCGCCGAGCACUUCGCCACCCUGUACAGCUGCCGCCACCGCGCCCCGCUGUUCUCGGCGUUCCGCGCCGCGCGCCCCGCGCCGCGCAGCGCCGAGCCCCGCUGGCUGGUGGAGCCGCAGAUCGAUGACCCUGACAGCAGUCUUGAGGAGGUGAUUGACGAGGCUGAUGCCAUCACAGCUGUGAAAAAUCUGGGCAACAAGCAAGCCUUGAAUACAGAUUACCUUGACUCUGGCUAUCAAAGUGGACAGCUGUUCCCAUUCCCCCUUAACAAUGACCUCCAGAUGGCCGCAUUCUCUCUCACAAACUCAGUUCCGAUGACCCAGUCCUUCCAGGAACGGUGGUACAUGAAUCUCAACAGCCUCAUGGACCGAGCCUUAAUCCCCCAUUGUGGAAAUGGGGAUGACUUGUAUAUCAUCACAGGCGCGGUUCCCUCAGACAACAAAGUUAAAGACAGAGUGGCAGUUCCAGAGUUUGUCUGGCUGGCAGCCUGUUGUGCCAUCCCUGGAGGAGGCUGGGCCAUGGGCUUUGUCAAACACACUAGAGAGGGUGACAUCAUAGAAGAUGUGAUGGUGAAGGACCUCGAGAAACUACUUCCAUAUAAGCCUCAGCUGUUCCAGAACAACUGUGGCGAGACUGAGCAAGACACUGAGAAGAUGAGAAAGAUCCUGGAAAUGGUCAAUCAGGUUCAAGACGAGGAGCGAUCAGUGCAGUCUCCAGAGAGCUCUAGCUCCCUCUCCAGUGCCAGGAGCCAGCGCUCUGCCCUGUUGUCCCCAGAGGCACCUGAGAAAGGAAGUAGCUUUUUGGGAAAACUCCUAGGUUUCAUAGCUACCCCACUCUUCAAGCUUUUCCAACUGAUUUAUUACAUUAUGAUAGCAGCCCUGAAGAAUGUUGUCUAUCUCCUGUGGUUUAUUACCAAGCUGGUGAUGAAUGGGAUAGAAAAUAGCCUUUACCGCUUGAGCUCCGCUGCCAUGUCAUACUUCAUAGCCAUUGGAGAAGAGCUGGUGAGCAUACCCUGGAAGGUGCUCAAGGUCAUGGCCAAAAUAAUCAGGGCCAUCCUCCGCAUCCUUUGCUGUGUGCUGAAGGCUGUCUGCCGUGUUCUGAGCAUUCCUGUCCGGGUCCUCGUGGAUAUAGCCACUUUCCCUGUGUACACCAUGGGUGCAAUUCCAAUUGUGUGCAGGGACAUUGCCAUGGGCCUUGGUGGUACUAUCUCUCUACUCUUUGACACUGCUUUUGGCACCAUGGGUGGUCUAUUUCAGAUUGUUUUUAGUGUCUUCAGACGGAUUGGCUACAGGGUUACUUUUGACAAUUCUGGAGAGUUAUAGAACUCAAAAAACAAAUAGUAUUGUGUCACAGUGAAUUUAAUGUUUUUAAAUAGAUAAAUCUGGAAUAUUUUGUCUUUACAGUGGGUUUCUAUUUACUUUUAGUUAUCAUUUUGUGUUGGCCUUUGGUGGGAGGAGGUGUGCCUGUUUCUGCAAAGGAAGAUGGCACGAUGUAGACUUAAUGAAUUAAAUGCUCAGGGUAGGAUUAGGUGUAGUAAUCCACUGUGUACCUCUGGUUGCAUGUGCAAACUUCCAAGCCUCUAAUAACUUAGUAAUUUUGUUGUGACUCAUAGGGAAACCCAUAAUAUCCUGGUAUUCACUGUGAUAAUUAAAGACUAUAAACCAGUGAAAAAGGAAGGAGAGGACUACUAAAACUGAAGGGUUUCCCCCAUUACUCUAAGAUUUAAGGCAAACAGGUCUAAAAAUUCUUAGCCAGAUACUUAGCCCUUGUUUCUCUUUCUCCCCAACCAAACUGACCUUGGUGGAGCACAGGUGAAGUUUCUCUGUCGAAUAACUUCCUUAUGUACACUGAAUCUACUAUAGCACUGAUCUUCCUCUUGGUCUCAAGGACCUAGUGGAUUUUCAUGUUCCUCUAAAGUUGAAUUUUUAAGCAUUUUUAGGGUCAUAAUGAGCAUUUAUGGCAAAUAUGACAUAAUAAAGUUUGGAUGCAACCUUGAUUGGAGUAAAUCCAGUCUUCUCAGGUAUGAAGAAGAGAUUGCCAGGUAACAGCAUUAAAUGGGUGUUCUCUGAGGACUUCCUUAAUAAAGCUUUGACUAACUUAUAUUCAAUUACUAGCUGAUGAUGGAACUCAAAGAUCUACAUGUUAUGCUAAUACAAAAAUUCAGGUUCUGCAACAUACUACAUCUCUAAUAUAUAAAGCACCCAGUAUAGCAAAACACUGGCUUCUCUCCUUAAAAGCUUGUUUUCAUAUAACUAUACAGGUGAUGGACACAAAAUAAAAAAGAAUUCUGGACAUCUUGAGAAGAAAAUAUAUAUAUAUAUAUAUAUUUAAAAAUCAUUAUCUCUUAGGAAAUUAUUUGUUAGUGUGUUUGAGCCUGGAAAAUAUAAGUCCCUUACUAAUGCAAGUUAAAUUUGAGAGUUUACUUCUAGUUUUCUUGUUUAAGUACUUGUUAUUUUAAGUCUUGCUCUAAAAAUUAUAACAAGAGGAACCAGAUUUUGCCUCACCUUCUAUGGCUGGAAUGGAAUUAUCUGGAUUUUUUUUAAGUGUUCUAAAGGGUUGCUGUGAAGUAGAAAAGGGCUGAGUGUUAAAUACUCAUAUUGGGGCUAUAGCUCAAGAUUCAUUGGAAGGUUAGAUGCAAACACUGGGAGUCCAGACUGACAACACAGAGACCAAUUCCUCAGCCAUAUCCUGGGAGCUUGUGGAAGAGAAAGUGAAUGCAGCCAGAAGUACGUUUUGCAGAAAAGUAGUUGAAUUGUACAGAGGGGAGCAGCAGCCUGCAAGCUGCCUUCCCAACAAAUCUGUGAUGCAAAACUACAAGUGUGAACACCAGACUGGUCCAUGCUAGGGACACAUACACCUGGCUUAUCUGAACAGUAUUUACCACCACUUUUCUCUGAGUAAAUGUAAGCAUGAGGGUUUGCUGUGGUAGUGAUGGGUCAAGAAUCUCUACUAGAUAAAAGAAAGGGAUCUUAGAUAUGACCAGAGAGAUAAUCUAGUCAGAACUUCAUUUGAUUAGAAACUGGAGGCACAAGGAGGUAGCAGGCUUGACCUUGAUUUCAGGGCUAGCUGAAAGUAGAUCAGAAAUUAUGAUCACCCCAUUGUGCCUGGAGUGUGAGGUGUGGAAGUGCCUCACUGGAUAUAGGCAACAUUUUCUCACUCAUCAGGCUAACUCAAAGCAGGCACCUCUAACUGCUGAGCCAUUUUCCUACCCCAAAACAGACUCCAGACUUUGAAUAAUAAAAUUUUGAUGAGUGAUGAAAUCAUAAGUCUCCAUAUAAGACAUCAUGCUAACGGCGUCUCAUGCAACAUCUUUUCCCUACAAUACAUAUUUGCAUACUGGGAGAUCCUAGCAGGGCAUCCGGGGCAGCUGAGACUCAGCAUCAGGAAGGCAUGAGCUCUCUGGACCUUUUCUUGACAACAUUUAGAAAUAUCUUCUUUUUCAUAUCCAGUGGUUUAGUGUGUCUGUUUAUUUAUUUUUAAAUAUGGAAGAGAUAAUAAGGCAAAAAAAUCAUUAAGGUUAAGUAACUGAAACCCUUCACUCUGGACUAAUUGUGUUGGCCCAGGCUAGGUGGACCUGGCUGCAUUAGUUUGGAGUCCCACUGAGCUGAUGGCCUGUUCCCAACAGGCUGCUAGGGCCUUUGAGGUAGGAGUCUGGGUUACUGAACUCCCUCUCUGGCUUAGAGAUUUUGCUGUGGCUCUGAUAUGUUCUUAGGCCCUUGGGGAUGUCAGUCACCUCUUGUCAUCUGUGGAACUAGUUUUCUGAUCUGGAGAAGCCCAUACCUUCAAGACCUCUUUUUUUUUUCCUUUGUGCAUUUCCUAUCUACAUGUGAACUAGAGCAUUGGGUAAAGGAAGUAAAACAAAGUGUCUCUCCAUUCUUCAGGCAUCCAUUUAUCUAGCCAAUAUUACUUGCCCAUCAAAGGUACAUAAUUGAUAAUGUAUGGCUCCAUCUUUAGGGAGUUCCCAGUAUUGGGAAGAACAUGUGGUACAGUGGUAUAGUGUGCAUAGUGUUAUAUGUCACAGUAAGGGCCACAUUGAAGGUACUCUCAGCUUGCUUCCUGCAGCACUGGAGGAAGAAGACUACAAAACCAUGGAAAUGAAGGAAGCCUUUACAGAGAGUAUAACAAAAGUAAUGCCACAUUUUUAGGCUUUGUACAAUGCUGUGCACUUUACAAAUGUUCAAUAAAGUAAUUUUGACAACUCA